AUGCCGCCGCCGCCAAAGAGCUGUCGUCCUUUGGUGACAUCAGCUGUGCUUAUUGAGACCUCCGCUGGUGCUUUUGUAAUUGAUCUUUACGGUCUUGACUGCCCUGCUGCAACAGCGGAACUAGUCAACAUGUGCCGCUGCAAGUACUUCAAUGGCUGUAUAGUGACAGAGGUGGUACCAGAUAACAUCAUCAUCUUUUCACAUCCGGUUGAGUCACUGAGAGGAUUGACGUUUCACUCCUUGGCGGAAAAGGCGUCUUCACACACGCAGGGAUAUGGAGGUAAGUCAGCAGCUAAUAUGGAUCAGUUAGUGCGGGGGGAAUGGGAACGGAUGAAGAGGCAUACGGCUCAUUUGCAGCGGCGCAAUGGGACAAUGUCAGUGGAGUUUUUACUGCAACCCGCCACACAGGAGGCAGGCUCGAUAAAUCGUCGAGGUCUACUACUUCUUGAGGUGCCUCCGAAGGUGGAGUUAACAGGCAGUGGCGUGCCUGUUCGAAAAAGCGCGCUUGUUUUGACGCUGGGAAAUCGUCACCUUGACUACUUUGAGGACCGCUUUAUGGUAGUGGGUGAGGUGCGUGAGGGCAUUAGCGUUAUUGAGAAGUUACGAGCUGCUCCGUAUCAGCGGACGUCUUCCGCAUCGGCCAUUGGGGCGCGUCUUACUCGGCUUAUACGCAUCAAACAUGCAACCGUUUUGCCCACAGCAGGGACGGAGAAGUUUCAAGAUGUUUGGUGUAACAGCAGUAGUGAUAGUUCUGCUUCUGUGCAGUCGAAUAAAUUAGGGUCGACGCUCGCGGCAGCGGGUUGCUUCCGCCACUGGGCUGCCAAGGGGGAGGUGCGGUUUGCGAAUUGUGCGCUCAUUAAAACCAUAAAAGAUGCCUCGGUUGCAGAAGGAGUGGCAAAGGGAUCCCAAGGCACCAAUUUUGUUCUGAUUCGCGAGAGCCCUUUACGAGGGGCAUCGCAUGUGAUGAGUGAUGCAGAUGAGGUGGAAUCUGUUGAGUACAAUCCACAUUACCAUGGCGACUACCUUAGCUCCGAUGACGAGACUCCACAUGCAGAGUCUCGAAAGGAGCGUGAGAGCAGGCAUCAGACGAUUAUGCGAAUGCAUCAGGACAAGCUCAAUGAGACUCGCGCCCUUAUGCUGAAUUUGCUGGACGGUGUCGCAGAUGUUUCUGGGGAACUAAAACCACCUGAGAAUGUUCUAUUUGUGUGUAAACUGAAUCCGUUCACCAAUGAUGAGGGUCUCAAGAUGUGUUUUUCUCAGUGUGGUCGUGUCUUGUCGGCGGAGGUGUUGCGAGACCGAAAAACUGGCAACUCGUUGUGCUACGGUUUUGUGGAGUUUGAAGACGUUGAGGCCUGUUACCGGGCCUUCAAGAAGAUGGACAAGGUCCUCGUAGACGACCACCGCAUUCAUGUGGAUUUCUCUCAGUCCGUGUCAAAGUUGUGGGCGCAGCGGCAGCGCGAUAUGCGGAAGAGGGCUCGAGUGGAGAGCUGA